AUGAUCACACUUACAAAAUGGAGUUUGUGCUUCAUCUUCUGCCUUGCUCAUUCAACACUUGUUCCUGCUAAACACUUGUGUCUUCCAGAUCAGAAGGAUGCUCUUUCAGAGUUCAAGAACGAGUUCUAUGUCCAUGAUCCAACUGGGUAUGGUGAGAAGAAGACAACGAAGUGGAAGAACAACACUGAUUGUUGUUCUUGGGAUGGUGUCUCUUGUGAUCCUAAGACGGGUGUGGUCGUUAAGUUAGACCUCCACGGUAGUUUUCUCAAUGGGCCUUUGAGAUCUAAAAGUAGCCUAUUUAGACUACAACAUCUUCAGAGCUUGUAUCUUCGCUCCAAUAAUCUAUCGGGUAUUCUACCAGAUUCCAUCAGCAACCUCAAAUAUUUGACGUUUUUGGAUCUUGGCCAUUGCAAUCUCUUUGGAAAGAUUCCUUCUUCACUUGGAAAUCUUUCUCAUCUCACUACUCUUGAUCUUUCUUAUAAUCAUUUCACUGGUGAGCUACCCGAUUCGAUGGGGCAUUUAAACAAGCUAGAAAAGUUGUGUCUUGGAAGGGCCGGGCUCAGUGGGAAUUUUCCUUACUUGCUACUCAACUUGAGCUCGCUCAUGUGGAUCGAACUUGGUUCUAACCAGUUCAAAGGUAUGCUUCCAUCUAAUAUGAGUAGCCUUUCCAAAUUGGAAGUUUUUGAUGUUAGUGAAAAUGCCUUUUCUGGUAUUGUUCCCUCUUCUCUCUUCAUGAUAUCUUCGUUGGUUGAACUUAACCUGGGACGUAACCACUUCAACGGUCCUCUUGAGAUUGGGAAUAUCUCUUCAGUAUCUAAACUUCAAAACUUAUACAUUGGAAAAAACAAUUUUAGCGGGCCAAUCCCCGGAUUUAUAUCGAAACUAAUCGGGCUCUCGGAACUUAGCCUCUCUUCCUGGAAUACGGGAAAGGGCAUCGUUGAUUUCAGCAUCUUCUUGCAUCUCAAGUCACUUACUGUGUUGGAUCUUUCAGGGAUUCAUUUGAAUAUCAGUUUAACUCUCCAUUUUCCCUCACCCAUGAUAAUGUUGGUUUUAUCGUCCUGCAAUAUUGAUGAAUUCCCCAAGUUUCUUGAAAACCAAACCAGUCUAAUGUAUUUAGACAUCUCUGCCAAUCAAAUUGAAGGCCAAAUACCAGAAUGGUUACCAAACUCACUCAUUGUCUUUAUAGCCUCCGAUAAUCAGUUUUCGGGAGAGAUUCCUAGAGCAAUAUGCGAAUUGGAUAAUCUAUAUACACUUGUUUUGUCCAACAACAACUUCAGUGGUUUUAUUCCGAAGUGUUUUGAGAUGUUCAAUUCUUCUCUUUUGAUCUUGCAUCUUAGCAAUAACAGUCUCUCAGGUGUUAUUCCAGAGGAAAUUAUUAGUGAUCGCUUGAUAUCACUUGAUGUUGGUGGCAAUUUGUUAUCAGGAAAACUUCCUAAGUCUUUGAUCAACUGCACUCAACUCCAGUUUCUGAACGUGGAAGACAACAUAAUCAAUGACAAGUUCCCAUCAUGGUUGAGUUUAUUACCCAAUCUACAGAUUCUUGUCCUUCGUUCUAACGAGUUCUAUGGGCCAAUAUUCUCUCCUGGAGAUUCUUUGAUAUUCCCCAAGCUUCGAAUAUUCGACAUUUCAGAUAAUAGCUUCAGUGGAGUCUUGCCAUCAGAUUACUUUGUUGGUUGGAGUGUAAUGUCAUCGGUGGUAGACAUUGAUGAUAUUAGGCUUGUAUUCGGGAUUUUAGGAGAUAACCGAGAAUCGUAUCAAAGAUCUGUGGUUAUGACGAUCAAAGGAGUGGAACGGGAGCUGGUUGGGAGUGGUUACAAAAUCUACAAAAACUUCGACAUCUCCGGAAACAGACUCGAAGGAGACAUUCCAGAAUCCAUUGGUUUACUCAAGGAACUGAUUCUGCUCAACAUGUCGAACAAUGCUUUCACGGGCCAUAUACCACCAUCUUUACCGAACUUGAGAAAUCUCCAAUCAUUGGAUCUAUCUAAAAACAAGUUAUCCGGCAAAAUCCCACCAGAGCUUGGGAAACUCACGUUUCUAUCACUUAUGAAUUUCUCGUACAACAAUCUUGAAGGUCUAAUACCACAAGGCACUCAGAUUGAAACUCAGAAUAGCUCUUCAUUUGCUGGGAAUCCCGGGCUAUGCGGUGUUCCUCUCCAAGUAACCUGUGGAGGAGAAGAAGAAGAAGAAGAAACAAAGCAAGAGAAAGAACAACAAGUGUUUAGCUGGAUGGCAGCUGCACUUGGCUACGUACCUGGUGUUGUGUAUGGACUUACCAUUGGCCAUAUUCUCUCUUCAUAUAGACGUGACUGGUUCAUGAAGAUUUUUCACUAUUUUGCUUAA